AUGACGAAGGUGGUGGUUCCUCACAAGGAGGCGCGCGGGCGCGGCGCCGUUGACAACGUGUCCUCGGGCUCCGAGCUGCAACCGCUGCCGCUAAUGGGAAUCUAUGCUGCCACUAAGGCUUACGUGCGCAGCCUCACAUUGGCCCUCCGCGAGGAGUACUCAUCCAAAGGGGUGUACGUCCAGCACCUUUCGCCGCUGUUCGUGUCGACGAAGAUCAACGCGUUUUCGCAGCGGUUGCUCGACGGGAACCCGCUGGUGCCCGACGCUGGGACGUACGCCCGGCACGCGGUGGCGUCGCUGGGCCGCGUGCACAACACUACUGGCUACUGGGUGCACGGGCUACAGUAUACCCUGACUAAAGUCGCCCCGGAGUGGCUCCGGACGAAGAUCGGCCACCGCCUCAACCAGCAGUUCCGCGAGGAGUAUGAAAGAAAUAGAGUCAAAGCAGAAUAAUUUAUUUAUAUUUAGUGCAUUUUCCGUUUAGUACAAAUUAAAUACUUACAUGUAAACAAAUUAUACCUCUAUUAUGUAUUUAUAAAAAUAUUAAAAAUGCAAAACCGAUUCUGUUUGUAUCUUCCACGAAGUUUGAGCCUUCGGAUCGGAACAGAUUUUUAGCGAUAUUAAACUUUUAAACUUUUGUUUUAUUAAAAAUACUCGUAGUUGUAAAAUUAGGUUUUAAAAGUCGUUAGCUUUUCUACAUUUAUAUAAUAUGGUUGCAUAUGAAUAACAGAAGCUUUUAAUUACGUAAUUUUUACAAAUAUCACAUCUGUGUGUGGUAUCGUAAUCUGCAUACAAAAUGUAAGAUUUGAAUGAUGUGUAAGAGUUUAUGGUAAUUGUUAAAAUAAUGUGAUAUUAUUUUUUGUUACAUAAAAACUAAGAUGUUUUAUGGU